UUGGCUUUGAGAAGUAGGCCCGUUUUGGUUCGCUUGGAAGCCUUCCCAUUCCUCUGAUGCUGGAAGCAGGCAAGUCAGGGUAGUCGGCAGUUGCCUUCUCCUUCAGUUUAGGCCUGAGCUGAGCAUGCUCCUUGACUGGCAGUGAAUCCAAGUCCCUAGGCUGUUCCCGAAGGAUAGUGGCCAAAGUUAGGGCCGAGGGUAGGGAUAAGGGUGAUUUAGGACAUGUCACUCUUCGGCACCAGGAGGGCACAAAUCAGGACCCUGGGUAACCUUUUAGGAGCCUGCGGUUUCAGCCGGGUCUACUGGGGCUGCUCUCCUCGAACGGGAGCUCGAAAGUUGCAUCUUCAAGGAAUGGAAGGCCACAGAGAGGACGUUCUGCUUUCGGGAUGGCGGACGCGGAUACCAGAAGAGCCCCGGAUCGUAGCACUCCUUCACCUCCUUCCUGUUUGCUUUGCCUCGCCCCGCAGCAGCUCCAUCCCUCCCCGCUUCUCCCUGUCUCAUACUCUAAGCCCUGAAGUCCACUUGGGAUUCUCGGACAAUGUCCCUAUGAGAACGCAGGCGCUGACUCCGAAAUUCCGAAAGCCCCGCGCGCCGCCGCGCCCGGAAGCCCGCACCUUUGCGCCUCGCGCAGCGCACCUAGGCACACCCCAGGGCUGCGGCCGGGAAACAGCCUCGGGCCUCCCCAGAGGCAGAAGCGAAGGCUAGGGGACCGACGCGGCUGGGCCGGCCCUGGCUUCCUCCUCAGCUGGGCUUUUCCGAAGGAGGGAGGGAGAUAAAGAGGCAGCAGCAGGCAGGAGCUGGGCGGAGUGUCCCUGGGCCCCCUCCUCCCAGGGAUGGGCGGGGGCGCUAUUCCCUGCCGCUCCUCGAGGCAACAGCAUCACUUUGCUGGGAGUCUUCCCAGCUAGAGAGCCGGGCCGGCGGCGGUGGCGGCGGGAGAAAGCGAGCCGAGAGGUGGAAGGGAAAAAGGUGGGUGGAAGGAAGAAGGAGAAGGAGGAAGGAAGGAAGAGAGGAAGGGCCGGCGAGAGAUAGAGGGAAGCGGCAGUUUCUUCCCCCUAUUGCCUGUCCCACUUUCUUCCUCCCCAGCCGAGUUUGUCCCCUUGGUCAGGAGCCGGGGAGCACUGGGCUGAGCUGCUCCAGCCCAAGCCCGAUCCGGAGCAGGAGCAGGAGCAGGAACUGAGGAGAAGCUCGGCUUCGCUCGCUCGGAUCGGUUUCACCGGCUGGGCUGGGCUGGGCUGGGCUGGGCUGGGCUGGGCUGGGCAAGGCUGCUGGACGCUCCUGACUGCCGGGAGAGGAGUGAGCCCGAGCGGGGACAGGAGCGGGCGCCGCUUGAGCUCUGGCAAGAGGAGACCCAGUUGCCGAGGACAGAUCCUUGAGUCCCCCUGAGCUGGAGGCGCCGGCUGCUCUGGGACUUCCCCGCUGGCUGCUGCCGCCGCCGCCGCCUCUACGGCUGCUCCUGACUACCACGGCUCGGUCAGGUGGUGCCGGGAGGAAGCGGCUGCCAGGACGAUGAGGGAGGAGUGCACAAUGAGCUCACGAGAGACUUUCUCCAAGUGAGACGGCCGCCUUCCAGACUGCCUCCAGCGUGAGAAUUAUGAGGCUGGUAUUCAUGUUCGCCUGCAUCGUGCUGUUUGGGACAGCAGGACUUGUGAUCUUCAUACACCUGCAAGAUCCAGUGGAAAUCAUCCCUCAGCAGACACCAGGAGUAAAGUAUAAUGCUCAGCGCCACCGAAACGACUGCCCCCCGGGCGGCAGCCAGGCCGGCAGAGUGACGGGCCACAAGUCGGGAGCCCUGGCGAAGGUCCCUCCCCUGGGCUCGCGGGGCCCGGGGGCUCGGAGCCGGGAGCAGCCGCUGGACAGCCUGGCGCUCCUGGUGGGAGAGCAGGCGAAGCCCGGGCCGGAGGGAGGCCGAGGCCAGCCCCGGCAGCGCCGCCGGAGGCUUCUCAUCAAGAAGACGCCCAUCGUCAUCGCUCUCAACAGCUCCGCCGUCACGCUGGCUCAGCUGCGCCCCCAGGAGGCCGGGGCCGCCGAGGGCCGCUGGCAGCGCCUCUACCGGGUGCAGCGGGAGCGCAAGAAGACCAUGCGGGACACGUGCGCCAAGUACAAGAGCGGCGGCCGCAGGGCCGUCACCCCCUACCACGUGUCCCGCAUCUUUGUGGAGGACAAGUACCGCGUGCUGUACUGCGAGGUGCCCAAGGCCGGCUGCUCCAACUGGAAGCGCGUGCUCAUGGUCCUCGGCGGGCUGGCCUCCGCCACCAGGGACAUCCAGCACAACACCGUGCACUACGGCAACACCCUCAAGAGGCUGGACGCCUUCGACCGCCAGGGCAUCUCGCACCGGCUCAGCACCUACACCAAGAUGCUCUUCGUCCGCGAGCCCUUCGAGAGGCUGGUCUCGGCCUUCCGGGACAAGUUCGAGCACCCCAACAGCUACUACCACCCGGUUUUCGGCAAGGCCAUCCUGGCCCGCUACCGCGAGAACGCCACGCGGGAGGCGCUGCGCACGGGCUCGGGCGUCAGGUUCUCCGAGUUCAGCCAGUACCUGCUGGACGUGCACCGGCCCGUGGGCAUGGACAUUCACUGGGACCACGUGAACAGGCUCUGCAGCCCGUGCCUCAUCGACUACGACUUCGUGGGCAAGUUCGAGAGCAUGGAGGAGGACGCCAACUUCUUCCUGCGCCUCGUGGGGGCGCCCCGCAACCUCACCUUCCCCAGCUUCAAGGACAGGCACUCGGACGAGGAGCGGACCACCACGAGCAUCGCCCGCCGCUACUUCGCCCAGCUGUCGCCGCUGCAGAGGCAGCGCACCUAUGACUUCUACUACAUGGACUACCUGAUGUUCAACUACUCCAAGCCCUUCGAUGACCUGUAUUGAGAGCCGCGGCGGGGGCGGGGCGCAGUGGGGCGGGGCCGGGGGCGGGGCCGCCGCCGCCGGACCCUGUUUCCGGCUCUGGGAGCACGCGUUCCCAGAGAAAGGCCAGAUUGUGGGCGGCCAUCCUCAGCUGCGGCCGAGGGAGGGCCGCAGCGGGCUUUGCGAGUGGGCAGGGACCCAAUCCUGUGUCUAUGUAAGGCCUCCUCCCGGCUGAGUCUCAGCCAGGUCCUGUCACCGUGUAAGCGCCGUCAGUCCCACAAGAUAGCCCCUGCCCAUCCCUACUCACAGUACCAGGCCACACAUCAGGCUCUGCCCAAGUUCCAUCAGCACCGCACCAGACACCCACCAAUCAGGAGCACAUGUAGAAGCACCAGCUUCUUCAGAAAAUCCCACCCAACCGUCCGGACACAGAAGCACUGUUGGUCUCACAGCAAACAGUUCUAGAUACGGCAAAAGGAUCCUGACAACAUCCUGGGCAAUGAGGAGCUUUCAGUCAAGCAUCCCCACGCAGCUUUCAGAGAUCGCCUCUUUCCCUGCCCAAUUAACAUGAACAGUCCUGAGAUUUGCAGGCCCCGCCCAAAGAAUCGCAGCCAGAGAGUUUUGAGAAACUAGAUUCUAGAGCUGAGGUGAGGGGUUCACCUAUCACCACCCCCCAGCAGCCACACACCCUAGGAAUUACUCAACCACAGACUUAACCCAAAACUUCCCGCAAUGCCUGGCACAUGGAAUUCACUUAAUAAAUGCUAAUUGACGGAC